AUAUGAUGCAAUUAAUGAGAAACCAUUACAAGGUGUAGUGAUAAUAGACUAUGAGGGAGAUAUUGAAGAAUUAACAAAUUCGAUUUUACAACAAAGUGGCGGUGAAGUAGGAGGAGAUAAUGCACCAGUUGUUCAAACAAGAUUUCAACAAACCAUGAUUCCAUGUUAA